UUGCGGCAAGCACCACGGCGCGGAUUUCGACUUACUUCGUGGCGGAGGAGUGCGGGGAGCGCGGCCGAGGUCAAGGAGAGCCUGUCCUUGUCUGACCGCUUCAAGAAGCUCACGAGGGAAUAUGGCAGAGCGGCGGUUGGGGUCUACUUUUUACUGAGCAUCCUGGAUAUGCCCUUCUUCUUUCUGCUUGUUCAAGCUGUGGGAACAGAAAAGAUUGCCUACGUGGAGCACAAGGUGGUGUCCGCGAUAACUACAUUUAUUCCUGAAUCCGUCCAGCAAAGUUUCUCCAGCGCCUGGUCCGCCAUCAUGGGCAUCUUCAAGGGCAAGAAAGAUGCAGGCUCGGAGGCCUCGGUAGAGGGAUGGGGUGUCGAGGAAGCUCAAGAGCGGGCCAGCCACAACGCCAGUUUGGCAACACAGCUUGCGCUUGCAUACGCGAUCCACAAGAGCUUCAUCUUUGUACGGAUACCGUUGACCGUUGCGGUCACACCCCGUAUCGUCAAACAGCUUCGAGCCUGGGGUUGGAAUAUCGGCAAGAAGCUUGUGAAGGCUAGGCGAUAA